AUGCCAGCAAAUGAACACUGCGCAGAUCUGAUUUCUCGCCUGUUAUAUUUGCGCUCCCUACAAGCCCUGUACAUAAACAGACGCGUCGAAAAAACGGUCUACAUGAAACAGAUAAAUGACCUUUUUGGUAUUCCAGGAUCCCAAGAGGGGCCCAUUCAAAUCCUACUCAAAAGCCUAAAAAUUGGAACACUUAGUGAACUUCGCAGGUUGCUGAAGAACUACGAGAUAGAUUGCACUGAAAUAUCGUCUAUUGAAUACAUUCUGCUUGAGCGCAAAGUCGUCAGUGGGGAGUAUUGCCAGAAGGUAGAUAAAAAUACCAGGGAGCUGCUCGAAUGCUUGUAUGAAACAAUAAACCUCCUAACGCCCAAUUCGCCCCUAAGUUAUGAUCAACUUCUAACGUAUGGCAAUAAUCUGGUGUCCAAAGCAAAAAAACUCACAGAUGGCGUCAACUCAACGUGGCCAGUACUCAAGGAACUCGAAGGCUUAGUAGAACAGAUAGAGCAUGAAGCUAAUUUGAAAACAAACAUCUGUCCAGCAGAUUUAAAAAGUGCAUUUGCAGAACGUUUAAAAAGCAUAUAUGAUAAAAUAUUCUGCUGA